UUUGCUCGACUCGAUUUGCUCCAUAGCACUAAAGAAUGCAUUUCAAUGAACUAACAUUUCCAUAUUUUUCAUGGCUAUCAUUACUAACUUAAUUUCGUCAUACGGUGGUGGAAUUCGAACACUCAUUUGAAUAGGUUCCUGGGCUAUUUCUGCACAUUCAGAACACAUCUAGUGAUUGGGAGUAUUACGCGGAAGUAUCCGAAAAAGCGAGCAGGGCAAUGCCCCGUGGCAGUUAUUGGCCGAGAGCUAAAAUGCUGGGUGGUUGUAGUGCAAUGAAUUUUAUGCUGUACGUCCGGGGUAAUGAACGAGAUUACAACAGCUGGGCUGAAAGUGGUUGCGAAGGUUGGAGCUGGCAGGAGGUUUUGGAAUACUUUAGAAAAUCCGAAAGAAACGAACUUUUCGGAAACAGUUCUUUUCAUUCGUUGGAUGGUGAAUUGAAAGUCGGAAAAUUUAGUAGGGGAAAUCCGCUGAUGGAAACGUUCAUUGACGCUGCUGUGGAAUUAGGAUAUGCGAAGCUAAAGGAUAUCAAUGGCAAUAAGUUCAUUGGAAUGGUAGAGCUGCAAGGAACCGUGUACAAAGGUAGGAGACAAAGUGCUGCAAAGGUCUUCCUGAGUUCAGUGGUUCGCCCUAAUCUACAUUUGAUAAGGAAUGCUCAGGUCAUGAAAGUCAUCCUCGAAAAUUUCUCCGCAACUGGAAUACAGUUCAGACUUCAGAAUAAUAAGCUUAUGGAAGUGAAAGCAAAAAAGGAAAUUAUAUUAUCAGCAGGAGCAAUUAAUACACCACAAAUCUUGAUGCUGUCUGGUCUGGGACCCAACAUUCAUUUGAAUAUGCAUGGAAUAGAAACGCUAGUUGAUCUGCCUGUCGGUAAAAAUCUACAAGAUCAUGUAAUCGUUGCGUAUUUUAUUGCAUUGGAACCUGGAAACGAGGAAGAUGAUGUGAUCAAAGACUAUCUUCAAUACCUUUUGUCGCAGUCAGGACUUUUUGCCGGAAAUGGCGGAACUCAUAUUACUCUUUUCCUGAACACGGAAACCAUUGGAAGCAAAUACCCCAAUCUUCAGUAUCACUACCUGUUUUUCAGAAAAGGUGAUAGCUAUCGCAUGCCUCAGUUUCUCAAAUUAAUGAGCUACGAAAAAGAUAUCCAUAAAACUAUAACCAAAGUCAGCAAAAAGAGUGACAUUGCGGUAGUUUGGAUUACACUUCUCAAUCCAGUAUCAGUAGGUCACAUUGAACUUAGGAGUUCCAAUCCGUUCGAAAAAGUCAAAAUAUUUCCUAACUAUCUCAACGACUCAAACGACGUCCGGCUUUUAGUCGAUGGAUUAAAAUGGCAACGUAAAUUUCUGAACACAAAAGCUAUGAGAAGCCUGAACGCUACGGAACUACGUUUUAAAAUUCCAGAGUGCGAUGAUAACCCAAUAGAUUCAGACGAAUAUCUUAAGUGCUACGUGAGCUUCUUCUCGACCACCAUUUAUCAUCCCGUAGGGACAGCCCGUAUGGGACCAACCAGAGAUCAGCGAGCCGUAGUAGAUCCACAACUUAGAGUACGGGGUACCAAAGGUUUACGAGUGAUUGAUGCCAGCAUCAUGCCCAACAUUAUUAGUGGCAAUACAAACGCUCCAUCUAUCAUGAUAGGGGAGAAGGGCGCUGAUCUCAUCAAAACUGAUUGGCUUCAUAUAGAUUUAUCACAUUCCGAGCUCUAAACAGACAUCAACUAACAACAACAUGUGGGAAAUUAUGUGUGUAUUUGUUGUUUUGUUUUGCUAUUUUAAGAUGAAUGUUGCCUUCAUCUAGACAGUUUCCUUUACGUCGUUGAUGACUAUU